UUUGGCUUCACAGCUCGUUGAGCCAACUUGAGACCGAACGCACUAUCAGUUGCAAUCCUUAUACUUGCUGCAGUUUGCUGACAGUAUCCUUGAUUCGGUGAGCCACAGGCUGAAAGAUGCUACGGUUUCUCGGGCUGUUGGGGUGCUGCCAGGCGGGCGCGUCAUCACUGGUGGCACUUCAGACAUCUUUCGCAAUGAAUGCAGACGUUGCCAAGCAAGAAGAGACUUGUGAACCAACAAGUCAGCAGAAGUUUCGAGACGCCAUAGGACUACGGACCAAGCAUUUAAACAGCGAGUCUGUGACCUUUGAAGAGAAACUGGGCGCUGUGCACUUGGAGCUGACUGGCGAGGAGCGUGCGAGCACUUUUGGUAGCCUCAGCGCGGCUCUUGACAACAUCGAGGCUGCUAUGAAGAGAAGGCAAUCAGACAUGGAACAUUUGUUGAAGGCCACUGAGGCAGCCAUUGCGCGUGCCUGGGCUGGCUUUGUUUCACGUUGGGCCUCAACAAUGUCGUAUGUUGUAUCAACCAAGAGUGGAGAUGUUCUACGCUGACUCAACUGUAGCAACUCUACCGCUUUGGGUUGCCCCUCACGCCUCACGCAUUGCCAUGUCCCGAGGUAAGAGGGCAGCAGUGACUUGCAUCAACUGUAGACUUCACAAAUGAGUCGCUUUGGACACUGUUUGGCAGAGAGGUGAAGAGGAAGCUGAGGUGCACUAGGCACAAAAGAGAGGAGAGAUGCCUUGGAUGCAUGGAGCUCAGUGGCCUUUUUUCCCCAGGGAUUUGGGCGGGGUUGCCUGAAACUUGCAGGUGAGCCUGAGCCCUUCGUUUUUCUAGCAGGUCCACAAGUGACUCGAAUUUAUGCAGCUGCCGACGGCACGUGAUGCGGAUUUUCACCGCUUGAACUGGAAUCAAGUGCUCGUGUUGCUUCAAUGUUUAUGGACAA